AUGCUUGUCGUUCAUGGCGAGGUGGCUCGCAUCCAGUACGAUGGCGUAUCUGAUUUAUACUGCAAGUACAAGCUAGAUUUUGGCACCGAUUGGGCCAUGACGGCGGGCUUGGAAGAAGGCCUCAGCCAGACAAGUGUGCACGGCCAAUCCGAUGGUGAUUUUGUCUUUAAUCUGCCCGUGGAGGCUACCUUCAAGAGCACCAACCCCUUUGGCUGGCCACAAUUGGUGCUGAGCGCCUACGGCAGUGAUUUCAUGGGCCGUGAUGUCGUUCGCGGCUACGGUGCCGUCCACCUCCCCACCACCGCUGGCCGCCACCAGCUGCGUGUUCCACUGUUUGUGCCGCAAGACGUCUCCCUGCUCCAACGCUAUAUUGGCAUUCUCUCUGGCAAGCGCCCCGAAUUUGUCAACUCCACCAUCGUCGCCAAAUCAGAAGGCCGUGAAGUCACACGUGUCACCUCGCACGGAUCGGCCAUCAUCAGCAUCGAUGUCUCCCUCAAGGAUCUUCACAAAUUUGGUUAUCUCAACACCUCCGCGACAAGCCCCAUGCCUAGCGCUAGUUCUUAG